AUGGGCAACAGCAUUAGCCAGAUGAGAACAGCGUCGUCGUCCUCACGAAAAUCCAUUAAUAUUAAUCGCCGGCAGAUUCCGGACGACGUGAUUCUUGAUAUCCUUACAAGACUCCCCGCUAAAUCCGUUGUACGAUUCAGUUCGGGAAUAACCCAACAUGCUCUCCUUCUUUCCUACCCUGAUCCCUCAUCCUCAUCAACAUCUUUCUCUUUUUUCGAACGCAAACAUGGGUUUCGCAACCUUCAAAUCUCCAAUGUCGACCAACAAUGUACUCACCUUUCUGAAAUCAUUAGAGGCAUUCUCUGCAUACAUUAUCGCAGAAGCCAUCGUGUUGACAUAUGUAAUAUCACCACUCAAGAGACUACAACACUUCCACAGAGUACAAAUAUACCAAUUAGGUCGGGUGAUGGUGUUGAUUUCGAUAUUGUUUAUGAACCUCGAUAUUGUUUCGGUUUCAAUUCCUCUACAAGGGAUUACAAAGUGCUUAAUAUUUGUAGCAUCACUAGAUACAAAUUGCAAGUCAAUCCUAACAAUGGGUUGUCCACUCGGGAAGUUAGCCAGAGAACUGUGGAGUUCGAGAUUUUCACUAUAGGCUGCGACAGAGGCGCGGGUUCAUGGAGAAAACUUGAUCCUGGCUACCCUUAUGAUCAAGAACUUCAUGGUCUAUCAAGUGAAAGUGUCUGCGCUGAUGGAGUUAUACAUUGGAGGCAUAGAUUUUUUGACCAGGAAAUUUUGCUCGCAUUCGACCUUAAACAAGAGAAGUUCCAAAUCAUCCAAGUCCCAAAAGAAGCAUUAGAAUUUCAUCUCAUGAAACAAGUCAAAGGAUGUCUAGUGCUAAUGGGUCAUGUAAUUAGUGGUUAUAAUCGGAAUAAAAUUGUUCUGUGGAUACUAGAGGAUCGACUUAACCAAAUCUGGAUGAAGGAGAACGUUGUUUUCCCCUCACAUAGCCCAUGUCUGUGGCCUGUUGGCAGUUUCAAGACGGGGCUGAUUUUGCUUGCGCAACAUGGAUACGCAGAUCCGGCUGCAUGGGCGGCAUACUAUUGUGACCUUGAGACAAAGAAUUUAUGCAUGAUUCAAGUCCCCGAGCUGAAGUCAGUUAAACUUCCUUGCGGUGAAGCUGGAAAACCUUCUGAUGUUGUACUUGCAGAGCAUGCUGAGAAUCUUUUGUCACUAACAAGUAACGUGUACUCAAGCAUGCAAGAAGAAAAGGUUAAGCAAUUUGCAGGAUAAUUCUUUUGAACUACGCUUUGCUUGAGAGUUUUUAUGUAAGAUUCAUUCUGUGCUUCACC